AUCAUCUCAGGAAGGAAACAGGAAGUGAAAAGUGACGUGCGGCUCUGUCUCUUUAACAGUCGCGAUUGCAUCUCUGAGCUCUCACAUCACACUUGAUGAAAAGCAAGGAGUCAAUUAAGUAAAUCAGAUCAGAGAUCUUCUGAAGUAAAGUGAACCUGAUAUGAAAAUAGACCGGCAAACCUGGGGAAGCCGAGAAGAUGACUUCUACAGCACAGAUCUGGAGCUGUUCCAGGUUCUGGAAAGAGAACGAGUCCUGGAGGUUCUCAGACGAGACAAAGCUCUCCGAACCAUUGAAGCAGAAAGAAUCAAGAAGCUAAGGACGGAACUGCAGAAUAUCUGUGGACAGGGUGCGAAAAGCUUCACACGGCCGUAUGGACAGAGGUCAUGCGCGAGAUGUCAGAGGCUUUUGGGAAAGUUUUGGGACUGUGGAUCUGUGUGCUGUGGGUGCAGUCACCGCAUUUGUAACAGGUGUCGGGUCGUCCGGUCUGCGCGGGACUGGAAGUGCACAGUGUGUCACGCUUAUAGGGAAUUUAAGAUCAAAUCUGGUGAAUGGUUUCUGGAACAGCAUGCAAAGAAAUUUCCUGCAGGAAACAGACAUGAGACCACUGGAGAGAAACUGUUACAGUCUUAUCAACAGCUCAGUUACAUUACAGUUGUGCCUCCCACCCCUCCUCCAUUCUUUGAAGUUCCUGUGAGAAGCUCAUUUAACAGAUUCGAGAAUCUCAAAAGUUCAAAGCCCUUUACGAUAUCCAUGGAAAACCUGAUGGUGUCUGUCAGCACUCACAUACGAAAUCUCUCUAAAUCUCAGAAUGACUUGAGUGUGCCAGCAGAUCACCUGACUGUAGAUAACGCCAUCCGAAAGAGCCAAUCAGAGAGCGCCAUCAACAGAGCAUCCAAUCGGUGCAAAGUUCCAAGUCUGCCCGAUCUCUCUCAGAGCUCCAGAGGUAAAGAUCACAGAGGCUCACUAAACACAUCCUACCUAACAGAUGACAAUGUUUCAUACACGUCUGAAUACAGCGAUGACCGGAGGGACAGCAAUGGCAGCAUAGCAAUGGAUUGUGGGACUUUUGAAAACAGCAGUGUGUCUGGAGAAAUACAGGUUGCUAUCGGUUACAGGACGUCCUGUUUGGAGAUAACUAUUAAAGCCUGCAGAAAUCUAAUGUUUGGAGAUAUGAAGAAGAGGAAAUGUCAUCCGUAUGUUAAAGUCUGCUUGCUACCAAAGAAACACCAGGAUCAUAAGAUGAAAACAUCAGUCAAGAAAGGAAAUAAUCCAGUUUACAAUGAAACAUUCACGUGUGUGCUUGCUCGUGAGCAGCUACCUACUAGCACACUUCAGAUCUCAGUGUGGCACACCAGAGGACUCAAGAGAAAAGUAUUUCUGGGUGAGACUUUCAUCCGUCUGGCAGACUGGAGUCUGAAUCUUCAGAGCACUGUCUGGUACAAACUCACUCCAAAGCAGGAGAAUCCACUGGGUGGAGAUGUGGAGCUGCAUACUUCAGACCUGCUGCUUAAAACUCAGAUGAAGUUCCUGCCACAGACAAACCCACAUACUGAUGGAACACACGGGCAGCUCGUCGUUCUCAUAUGUGAUGUUUCAAAACUGCACUCAAUGUCAAAAACAGCUUACAUUGAGGGAAUCCUUUGCCUUCCUGGAGAUCGAAAGCUGGUACAGAGAACUCCAGCAGUAAAGACAACAGGGACCCUUCAGAUGAACUUCAGCAGAUUCACACAACAGGAGCUCCUGCACGCCACAAUGGUGUUCAGUCUGUGGGACAAACCCAACUUCAGCUUCAAUGAGCGUAUACUGAGAUCAGCGCAACUGUGUGGAGCAGAUUUGUCAUGGCAACGGCUCCAGCAGAUGCCAGGCGUGUGGCAUGACAUCAUUCUUCCAUUGCAUGCUGAUGUGAAUACAAACACAAGGUCCUAAAAGAAGAACCCAAAGAUGCCAGCAAGUGCAUUAUAAACAAUAUCCAGAAAAAACUAAUGCCCAAAAUGAGCGUUCACCUAAUCAAAUGUUUUUGUUAUAUAUUGUCUACAAAGAUGGAAUUUAUUACAUAUUUAUAUUUUGUUAUUAAAUAAAACUCACCCACAUCUGGUCAUCAUAAAUCUUUAUUUCUAAUAUAAUAAACACCUUUUCUUAGGGGAAAAUAAAUAAAUCCAGCAGUUGUGAACCUUUACGGUUUAUUAUUAUUAUGUUUACAGGUUUUUAUUAUACAUUCUCAUGGGCUUUUCACACUUGAAAAUUGUUAAGCAAGGGUGACCCUGGAUCAGCAUGUGCUAUGUUUUACACCGUUCAAACUUUGGGUUAGUAACUCACACUGUAAUUUACACCUUUGGCACCACGAUUCGGCUAACCCACCUCUCAAAACUACAAGAGUGAAAUGUUGCUUCUCCCAGGGUUAGACAUACAUUCGUGUGAAAAGCUUAUCGAUGCAUGGUGAUUUAAGUCUUAUAAAAAUAUUUAAAGGACAAGAAGCAAUGUGAAUGUGUAAAACUGAUUCUGAUAGGGCAAAUUUUUGUAAUAAUUAGCAUCAUACAGAGAAAACGGAUACAUUGUAAAACAGCCACUGAA